GAAUCGAUCGAAUCUCGCGCACUAUAACCCCGACGAUUGAAGAACCGCGUCGCGUUAGAAAUACGAAUAAAAUAUAUUCAAUUACAUAAAUAGUGAUGUGCUAAACAAAUUAUUCGAUUAAUUCGAUUAAAAUGGAUCCAGAGAAGAGCAAGGAUAGCGAAGUGACAGUGGACGACAUUUUGCAAAUACUAGGACCAUUCGGAAAGUUCAAUAUAUACAAUUAUGUAUUGAUUUUGUUCCCUGUAUUGUUGGCGGGAAUGUACUCGUCUGUGUAUAACUUUGAAGCCAUGGAUCUCAGAUACAAAUGCUCGACACCAGAAUGCGAAGAUCCGGAGGUAAAUUUCACGAUACCGCAUCUAGAAGAUGGAUCUCCGUCAAAAUGCCUUCGAUACGCACUUUUCAACGUCACCGACUUCACAAACUCCACCCAAAACAACGAUACGUGUUCUCCACACUAUUUCGACACAUCCUCGGAGAUUGAAUGCGACUCGUACGUGUAUUUCGAAGAACAUUCUAUUGUGAAAGAGUUUAAUCUCGGCUGCCAAGAUUGGAAGCGAUCGCUAGUCGGAACAGUUCAUAAUGCUGGAUUCUUCAUAUCUAUACCUCUGACCGGGUUGAUCUCGGACAGGUUCGGACGGCGUCUUGCGCUCGUGUUUGCAAGCGUCGCAAACGGAGUCUUCGGGGUCAUUCGGGCGUUUUCGUUGAAUUACGAAAUGUUUAUUGUUCUGGAAUUCUUGGAACCGGCGCUUGGUGGUGGAGUGUAUACAGCGUGUUUCGUUCUUGCGUUAGAACUGGUGGGACCAAAAGGAAGAGUGUUCGUCAGCUUAUUGUUCAACACGAUGUUUAUUCUUGGAGGAGUUACUGUUACACUUCUCUCCUGGUGGCUGCAAAGCUGGCGAUACUUGCUCCUGGUUAUCUACAUACCAGCUAUUCUUGUUUUCUUCUACUUAUGGACUCUAACUGAGAGUUUCCGAUGGUUAUUCAGCAAAGGACUAUACGAAGAAGGUCUAAACGUCCUUAGUAGAUGUGAGAAGGUCAACAAAGCUACCGUGCCCAAAGAUCAUUACGAUCAAGUAGAAAAGAAUGCGAUGAAACAACGAGAUGCUAGAAAAUGUGAGGUUCUGGCGACAAAUCAGUCCACAUUCAAACAACUCCUAUUAUCUCCAAUGAUAUGGAAACGACUAUUUACCUGUUCUUUCCUAUGGGCGACGUCUACUCUCGUCUACUAUGGUCUUUCUAUCAACGCAAUCGAAUUGUCGGGAAAUAGCUACUUGAAUUAUAUCGUCGUCAUCAUAAUUGAGGCUCCGGCGAAUGUCUGCAAAUUGAUUUGCUUAGACAGAUUCGGUAGAAAGCGAGUUAUAGCAACUGCUUUUAUGAUGACUGGUAUUAUACUUAUUGCUUAUGGAUUUCUACCAGGUGGUAACUGGUCUACAGCCUUUUAUUUGGGCGGUAAAUUCUUCAUUACAUUAGCUUACAACUCGUUAUACAUAUUCGCGGCUGAGGUUUUCCCAACCAAUUACAGGACUACAUUGUUAGCGAUUUGUUCCACGAUUGGAAGAAUUGGUUCUGCAGUCGCCCCGCAAACUCCUUUAUUGUCACGAUUCUACGAAUUCCUUCCGACACUUGUUUUUGGUGUCAUGUCUGCAUUAUCAGGAUUACUGGUUCUCACACUGCCAGAGACUAACAAUCAAAAGUUACCAGACUCCUUGAAGGAAGCUCAAGAACAGGACAAACAUAGAGAUAGAGAAGACAUCGGAGAUAGACAACCAGGAGAAACGGAACGGAGAGUAGAUACAAAGACCAAACUAUGAAUAGUGAAAUUAUCUGGUUAAUUUGAAAGACUGAAUAAAUAAUAAACAAUUGUUCUAUGGUGAUUAGUGUAAAAGAAUCGUUGACUUUAUUUUUUACAUAUUUAUCAUACGUAUUAUAUCUGUACAUAAUAUGCAACACCAGUACACCAGGCAGGCUUGUCUUAAGAACAAGCGCCCGCGCAAUCAGCAGUAGUGUUCUGGCGAAUUUCUCUAUAGAACGAAGACUUUCAAUGGUUGAACUUUACCAUCAUCGGUAAGGCGUUCCCAAACGCGUGACGCGUGGAUUUUUGCGCUCCGUGCACCCAGACGGCCAAAUCUACGUGAGUUAUUAUAUAUAUUGGGACAA